UUGCUCCCCAAAACUCUGGAGUUGAUACAUCAUCGUGUCACCGCAAUGGUCUCCCCGAACCACGUCUGCUACCGCAAGCACAAGAUUAUAAAUGAUCUGGACGCUGAAGAGGAGAUCGAGGACAUAUCGGAGUCCGUGGAGGAGCUCCGAGAAAAAUUAGCGCACGUCAAGAAGAUGAUGGAGGAGCAGAGUGGCUACACCCUGGGGGACAUCGCCGCGAAGAAUGAGCGUCUCAGGACGGACCUCAUCGACGGCAAUUUCCUAUCCCUCAUCUUCAGUGUUGUUUUUGUUGUUGUUGUUGGUGCAAGCGUCUACGCAUUCUACAACCUCUACGUCGCGGUCCUCCGGAAAUUCCCCUCCCAUCACACAGAGUUAUAAACAAUUAAUUAUUUAUUGAGUGAAUAUCGAGUGAAUUGGUGGAUGAAUUGUUGAUUUUUGAGUGCAUCAAAUUUUAAACUGUAAUUUAUAACAUUUCAGCAAUUCAUGUAAAUAAAUUGAAUAAACCAAUACGUUUUC